AUGGAAGCUGUUUCGUUUUAUUCUUCCUUGCUCCUCCCAUCUCCCGAUUUUCGCCCGAAAAUGAGUUCCAGCCGGCGAACGAAACGCCGGGCCAGCGUUCGAGCGUCGAUGAGGGAGGGAGAUUUCGGUUCCGGCGGCAACCUCGUCGACGACAACAUGAUCGUUCUGAGAAAGCGAAUACGGGAGAUGAACAUGGCGGAGAGGAGUUACGUGCCGCCCUCUGAUUGGAUGAAUUGGGAGAAGCAGUACUACAAAAUUUACAAUUCGGAUGUGUGCGAAGCAAUGGGGAUUUUGCAGUCGGUAUUGAUGAAUACGAGGCCGAGCUUGGCUCUCGGAAUCUUUGUUCUUGUUGCGCUGUGCGCAGCAACGCCGGCAGCUGUGAUUGUGUUUUGUUUGGUGAGGAUAGCUAUGGGAUGGUAG